AUGAGCUCACACAGGCUGGGACUGGCGCUGCUCUCCAGCGUCCCGGCUUGCUCGGCACGACAAAAGGCUACACCCGUCCUCAGACUAGGAAAGCGCUAUCAACACGAUCUGACCAUCAAGCAAAAGGAUGGAAGACCCAUCUUGCGUUCGGGACCAGGCGGGCGGCACUCCUUCACGGGACAUGUAGCCACCGUCUUUGGCUGUACUGGUUUCCUGGGGAGGUACCUUGUGCACAAGCUAGCUAAGAAAGGCACUCAAGUCAUCAUCCCCUAUCGCGAUGAGGACGAGAAGCGCCAUCUCAAGGUGAUGGGUGACCUCGGUCAGAUCGUGCCCAUGGAGUGGGACAUCCGCAACGAUUCGCAGAUUGAGGAGGCAGUCAGACAUUCUGAUGUCGUCUAUAACCUCGUCGGAAGGGACUACGAGACAAAGAACUUCAAAUUUCAUGAGGUCCACAUCGACGGCGCGCGCAGGAUCGCGAGCAUUGCUCAGCUUGCCGGCGUAUCACGUUUGAUCCACGUAUCCCAUCUCAAUGCCGAUCCGGACUCGCCCUCUGCCGUGCUGAGAUGCAAGGCCGAAGGCGAGGAGGCUGUCAAGAACGCGUUCCCCUCUGCGACAAUCGUCCGACCCGGCUGGAUGUACGGACACGAAGACCGACUGCUGAACACCCUUGCUGUAUACCCCUUCAUCUUCCGGAUCAAUGACCAGCAGACGGUCAUCAAGCCGGUUCAUGUUCUCGAUGUCGCAGAAGCCAUGGCCAUCAUGCUCGAUGCCGAGUCAACGGCAGGCCAGACCUUCUCUCUGCCGGGACCUCAGGAGUACACCUACGAACAACUGAUCGCACUCGCCGAGUCGAGAACGUACACCAAGCUGCAGGGAGCGAACCUGCCCAAGUGGGCCAUGUCACUGAUGACACGAGUCUGGGAGAACGUCUGGUGGCCGACGCUGUCGCCGGACGAGAUCACGCGACGCUUCUUAGACGACAAGGACAAUGCAGCCGGCACGCUCAGCUGGGACUAUCUGGGCAUGACGCCUGAUCAAUUGGCAGACCUGUCGAUCGUCUACUUCCGCCGCUAUCGCUCGUCUGCUUACCACGAUAUUGCCGAUAUCAAGGGCCUCGAGGGUUACAAGCUCCGUCAGUCCGGCUAUCACACCAUCGAAUGA